AUGAUAUACGCUGGAAAGCUACAAGAGUACGUAAAAAAGGAUUUUGGGAAAGGUCAUGUACAGUUCGGCACAACACAUAUGAUCAACGCUCACGUGAUUAACGUCAGUCACGCCAGGAUCCACUCAAUGACCAGGCGGUCAUCGGAAGAUGAGACCAGGAGAAAGCUCAGGCAGCUAAAAGAAUGGUACUUGACAAAUCACAUCGAUUUUGUCAGCGGCAAUGGAGCAGAAAUUCGGGAGCUUGGGUGCACAAAGAUCGAGUUCUCUGCAGCAGACAUGAUAGGUGUAUAUGCUCCACACAAUGAUGCUAUUGUUAUAACUACUUGGAUUGGCAUGUUUCGUGUACACCGUAUUCUAGUGGAUACAGGCAGCUCAGUGAGCGUGCUGUUUUCAGGAGCUUAUUCCUCUAUGAAUCUUCCGCACAACUUGAUCGAGGAGGAUGAAAAUCCAAUUAUCGGUUUCAGCGGCGAAGUUACAAAGGCGAUUGGAUAA